AGCGCCCCGACCGGGAUGGCGGCCGUUUUGGAGUCGCUGCUGCGAGAAGAGGUGUCGGUCGCAGCCGUCGUGCGGUGGAUCGCGCGCAGCACCCAGGGUUCGGAGGUAACAGCGCUGACACGCCCCCAGGAUAACGCCGGGGAGGCGGCCGCGCUGAGCUCACUCCGGCCCCUGCGGAAAGAAUUCGUACCGUUCCUGUUGAACUUCCUGAGGGAGCAGAGCAGCCGCGUCCUCCCGCAGGGGCCCCCGACCCCCGCCAAGGCCCCGGGCGCCUCGACAGCCUUGCCAGGGAGGCCGGGAGGCCCGCCGCGGGGCAGCCGCGGGGCGCGCAGCCAGCUUUUCCCUCCGACCGAGGCCCUGAGCACCACUGCCGAGGCCCCUCUGGCCCGCCGCGGGGGCAGGAGGCGGGGCCCGGGGCUGGCCCGCGAGCGUGGAGGCCGCGGCCUGGAGGAGGGGGUCAGCGGGGAGAGCUUGCCCGGAGCCGGGGGCCGGAGGCUUAGGGGCUCUGGCAGCCCCAGCCGCCCCAGCCUCACGCUGUCUGAUCCGCCAAACCUCAGCAACCUGGAGGAGUUCCCUCCCGUAGGCUCGGUUCCCCCCGGCUCUACAGGCAGGACGAAGCCUUCUCGCAGGAUCAACCCAACUCCGGUGAGCGAAGAGCGGUCACUCUCCAAGCCCAAGACCUGCUUCACCUCACCCCCAAUCAGCUGUGUCCCCAGUUCCCAACCCUCAGCCCUGGACACUAGCCCUUGGGGCCUUGGCCUUCCCCCAGGGUGCAGAAGUCUGCAAGAGGAGCGAGAGAUGCUCAGGAAGGAGCGCUCUAAGCAGCUGCAGCAGUCACCUACCCCCAUCUGUCCCACCCCAGAAUUGGGGUCGCCCCUCCCCAGCCAGACAGGAAGCCUCACAGAUGAACCUGCGGACCCUGCCAGAGUGUCUUCCCGCCAGCGCCUGGAGCUGGUAGCCCUUGUUUACUCCUCGUGCAUUGCUGAGAACCUGGUACCAAACCUCUUCUUGGAGCUUUUCUUCGUCUUUCAGCUCCUCACUGCCCGGAGGAUGGUGACUGCCAAGGACAGUGACCCUGAACUAAGUCCAGCUGUCCUAGAUUCCCUGGAAAGUCCACUGUUCCAAAGCAUCCACGAUUGUGUCUUCUUUGCAGUGCAGGUUUUGGAGUGUCACUUUCAGGUUCUUUCCAACCUGGACAAAGGGACCUUGAAGCUGCUCGCUGAGAAUGAGCGGCUGCUGUGCUUCUCACCAGCUCUGCAAGGCCGCCUUCGAGCUGCCUAUGAGGGCAGUGUUGCCAAGGUCUCUCUGGCGAUGCCUCCCUCUGCUCAAGCUGUCUCCUUUCAGCCAGAGACUGACAAUCGUGCCAACUUCUCCAGUGACCGAGCCUUUCAUACUUUUAAGAAACAGAGGGAUGUGUUUUAUGAGGUGCUGCGAGAGUGGGAAGAUCACCAUGAGGAGCCUGGCUGGGAUUUUGAGAAGGGCUUGGGCAGCAGAAUCAGGGCCAUGAUGGGUCAGCUCUCCGCAGCCUGCAGCCACAGCCACUUUGUUCGGCUUUUCCAAAAACAACUACUCCAGAUGUGUCAGAGCCCUGGUGGUGCUGGGGGCACCGUCUUGGGUGAGGCCCCAGAUGUAUUGAGUAUGCUGGGAGCUGACAAGCUGGGGCGGUUGUGGCGCCUACAGGAACGGCUUAUGGCUCCUCAGAGCAGUGGGGGGCCCUGCCCACCCCCCACCUUCCCAGGCUGUCAAGGCUUCUUUAGGGACUUCAUCCUUAGUGCCAGCAGCUUCCAGUUUAACCAGCAUCUCAUGGACAGUCUGAGCUUGAAGAUCCGGGAGCUCAAUGGCCUUGCCCUGCCCCAGCAUGAGCCCAGUGAUGAAGACGGGGAGUCAGAUGUAGACUGGCAGGGUGAGCGGAAGCAAUUUGCUGUGGUGCUUCUUAGCCUGAGACUUUUGGCUAAAUUCCUGGGCUUUGUGGCUUUCCUGCCAUACCGGGGGCCUGAACCUCCCCCGACCGGUGAGCUUCAGGACUCCAUUCUGGCCCUCAGGAGCCAGGUCCCUCCGGUCCUGGAUGUGCGGACUCUGCUGCAGCGAGGGCUGCAGGCCCGCCGGGCGGUGCUCACCGUGCCCUGGCUGGUGGAGUUUCUCUCCUUUGCUGACCAUGUUGUUCCCUUGCUGGAAUAUUACCGGGGCAUCUUCACUCUCCUGCUGCGCCUGCACCGGAGCUUGGUGUUGUCGCAGGAGAGUGAGGGGAAGAUGUGUUUCCUGAACAAGCUGCUGCUACUUGCUGUCCUGGGCUGGCUUUUCCAGAUUCCCACAGUCCCUGAGGACUUGUUCUUUCUGGAAGAGGGUCCCUCAGAUGCCUUUGAGGUGGACACAGUAGCCCCAGAGCAUGGCUUGGACAACGCGCCUGUGGUGGACCAGCAGCUGCUCUACACCUGCUGCCCCUACAUCGGAGAGCUCCGGAAACUGCUCGCUUCGUGGGUGUCAGGCAGUAGUGGACGGAGUGGGGGCUUCAUGAGGAAAAUCACCCCCACCACUACCACCAGCCUGGGAGCCCAGCCUUCCCAGACCAGCCAGGGGCUGCAGGCACAGCUUGCCCAGGCCUUUUUCCACAACCAGCCGCCCUCCCUGCGCCGGACUGUAGAGUUUGUGGCAGAGAGAAUUGGAUCAAACUGUGUCAAACAUAUCAAGGCUACACUGGUGGCAGAUCUGGUGCGCCAGGCAGAGUCACUUCUCCAAGAGCAGCUGGUGACACAGGGAGAGGAAGGGGGAGACCCAGCCCAGCUGUUGGAGAUCUUGUGUUCCCAGCUGUGCCCCCACGGGGCCCAGGCAUUGGCCCUGGGGCAGGAGUUCUGUCAAAGGAAGAGCCCUGGGGCUGUGCGGGCGCUGCUUCCAGAGGAGACCCCGGCAGCCGUUCUGAGCAGUGCAGAGAACAUUGCUGUGGGGCUUGCAACAGAGAAAGCCUGUGCUUGGCUGUCAGCCAACAUCACAGCACUGAUCAGGAGGGAGGUGAAAGCAGCAGUGAGUCGCACACUUCGAGCCCAGGGUCCUGAACCUGCUGCCCGGGGGGAGCGGAGGGGCUGCUCCCGCGCCUGUGAGCACCAUGCUCCCCUCCCCUCCCACCUCAUCUCCGAGAUAAAAGAUGUGCUCUCCUUGGCCGUGGGGCCACGGGACCCUGACGAGGGAGUCUCCCCAGAGCAUCUGGAACAGCUCCUAGGCCAGCUGGGCCAGACGCUGCGGUGCCGCCAGUUCCUGUGCCCACCUGCUGAGCAGCAUCUGGCAAAGUGCUCUGUGGAGUUAGCUUCCCUCCUCGUUGCAGAUCAAAUUCCUAUCCUAGGGCCCCCCGCACAGUACAGGCUGGAGAGAGGGCAGGCUCGAAGGCUUCUGCACAUGCUGCUUUCCUUGUGGAAGGAAGACUUUCAGGGGCCGGUUCCGCUGCAGCUGCUGCUGAGCCCAAGAAAUGUGGGGCUUCUGGCAGACACAAGGCCAAGGGAGUGGGACUUGCUGCUAUUCUUGCUCCGGGAGCUGGUGGAGAAGGGUCUGAUGCGACGGAUGGAGAUAGAGGCCUGCCUGGGCAGCCUCCACCAGGCCCAGUGGCCAGGGGACUUUGCUGAAGAAUUAGCAACACUGUCUAACCUGUUUCUAGCCGAGCCCCACCUGCCAGAACCCCAGCUAAGAGCUUGUGAGUUGGUGCAGCCAAACCGGGGCACUGUGCUGGCCCAGAGCUAGGGCUGAGAAGUGGCCCUGCCUUGGGCAUCGCACCAGAACCCUGGACCCCCGCCUCACGAGGAGGCCCAAGUGCCCAAUGCAGACCUUCACUGGUUGGGGUGUAGCUGGGUCUACAGUCAGACUUCCUGCUCUAAGAGUGUCACUGCCCGGCAUCCCACCAUGCAAAUCCUAGAGGAAGGAGAGUUGGCCUGAUUUGGGAUUAUGGCAGAAAAGCCCAGAGAUGCCAGUCUUGGAGUAGAAGAGGUGGUGUUUAUCUCUUGGAUACUAAAUGAAAUGAGGUGUGUGGGCUUGUCAACACAGAAUUCAAGCCUCAUUUGCUAUCCCAGCAACUCUUAAAACUUUGUAGUCUUGGAAUUCAUGACAGAGGCAAAUGACUUCUACGCAAAUGACUUCUACUUAACUUAUGAAGAAAGUUAAAACAUGAAUCUUGGGAGUCUACAUUUUCUUAUCACCAGGAGCUGGACUGCCAUCUCCUUAUAAAUGCCUAACACGGGCCGGGUGUGGUGGCUCAUACCUGUAAUCCCAGCACUUUGAGAGGCCUGAGGUAGGCGGAUUGCUUGAGGUCAGGAAUUCGAGACCAGCCUGGCCAACACAUGGUGAAACCCUGUCUCUACUAAAAAUACAAAAACCAGCUGGGCAUGGUAGUGUGUGCCUGUAAUCCCAGCUACUCGGGAGGAUGAGGCAGGAGACCUGCUUGAACCUGGAGGUUGGAGGUUGCAAUGAGCCAAGGUCGCACCACUGCACUCCAGUCUGGGUAACAGAGCGAGACUUUCUAGAAAAAGCCUAACAGAUAAGGUAGGACUCAGCCAACUGAAAUCUGACUUCCCCCCGCUGUACCUUCAGCCCCUGUGCAGUUAGUAACUCUUGAGACCUCUCCCUGACCAGGGACCAAGCACAGGGCAUUUAGAGCUUUUUAAAAUAAACUGGUUUUCUUUAACAA